UUUUCCUAUUUGUGUCAGAAUUAGCCAGUUCUGCUGUAAGGUUAUCCAUCCGUAAUAUGAACUCGGGUUUCCUCUCUCCACAGAAGUUGCCCAGUACAUUUCUUACAGUGGUUUCAGAUUCGAGUAAAGCUCUGACUUGCGUUUCAAAGCUCUACACGUCCCUUUGCUUUCUCUCUCUCAAAGCUUUCUCUCUCUUUAAGCUUCCCUCAUGAAGCUAUUUGCAGCAGACUCCGUAAACAUUGGAAUCCCUCUCAGCAACUUGACCUCAUCCUAAUCAGAUACUGCCCUUAUCCCAUCCAUCCAUCUCCUCUGCAACUUUUUUUUUCUCAUUUUCCCAGUUCCGGCCCUCCAACCUGAAACAUUAACAGUGUUUCUUUUCUAUCAGCUGCCACUGGACCUGCUGCAUGUUUCUGGAUUUUGUUCCCAUUCGGAUCCUGUAGAGGCUACAGACAGAAGCAGUGGCUCUACUAUCAAACUACAGCACACUCGUUUGUAUGCGGCAGCUUCAGAGAUGAGCUCCUCCAGCACAGGACUGAAAUCCGUGGAUUAUGAGAUCUUUGGGGAUGUACAGGGUGUCUUCUUCCGUAAGUAUACGGAGGAGCAGGCCAGAAAACUUGGCCUGGUUGGCUGGGUGAAGAAUACAGCAGCAGGCACAGUGACAGGGCAGGUGCAGGGAGCAGUUGAUAAAGUAAACUUCAUGAUGAAUUGGCUGAAGUCUGUGGGAAGCCCAAUGUCUCGGAUUGACAAAGCUCAUUUCUCAAAUGAGAGAGAUGUCUCCAAACUGGAUUUUAAUAAAUUCUCAACUAGAUACUAACCUUGAAGUGCUAUGCACAGCUGAUGCUUGCCAGGAUUGCUAAUGUCAUUGCUCAUGUCAUCUAGCUGGAUGGAGGGGGUGAAUAUGACUGAUCCAAGACUGGAAGGGAAGGGGAGUAUGUUGGUUGCUUUCCAUAGAGUUGCAGUCUAAUUUUCACAUCAAUUCUAAACCUUCCCACUUUUGGAGUUUGACAGUAAACUCCAUGUUUAUAUAUUAAUGACAUCAUGUUUUCCCUGUUGGGACUCCGAUCUGCUGCACUGCUAAUUUUUUUUUUGGACAGCUUCCCAGAUGUUAUGAGGGAUGUCAUUUGGUGGAGAUCUAGCCCUUGCCUCCAGGAAAAUCUGGCAACAUUUUGCUCUGUUCUUGCAUGUUUCCCAAAGUGUUUUUUUUUGCACUGUGGCUCGGUGCAAUCUGCAGCCUGGGAGCAUGUGAUUAAAACUACGUUGUCAUAUUUGCUUUUUACUUUUGCAUGUGGCUUGCUGGCCACUAGGCUCGACAAGAUUAUUUUGAUGGAAGACCUAAAGUGGGUAUCUUCUGCCAUUAGAACAAACCAGGUUGACUGUCUUACACUGGAUUAUGCUAUUGGAUGGGUGUGUCUUGGGGUUUAGUCUACGUCAUCACAGUAAUGUAAAAUAUAGAAGCAUCUGUAUUUGAGCAGUAUUGCAAUUGGUAACGUGGGGCACAUUAAAGGAAAAAGCCCACACCCUUGAAUUAUUUUGUUCAAAGUGCAUAAGUUUGGACUGCAUUAAACCAGAACAGUAA